AUGUCUCAUAAACCAAUUUCUGCAGAUGACACCUUCGCGGUCUUCCAGAAGUUUGACAAGAGUAAGGACAACGUCAUCAAUAAGAGAGAGCUGAAGACCGCGCUCAAGGAGCUCGGGUUAGCUCCAGUCUCAGAAAAACUCAUCAAGUGUACGAUGGAGGCAUUCGACAAAGACAAGAGUGGAGCCCUGAGCUUUACGGAGUUCCAGGCACUGGUGGCGCAGGUAGAGCAGGCAAAACAGCAACUCGGCUCCAAGAUGCGCGAGAUGUUUAAACGCAUGGACAAGAACGGUGACGGCUACAUCAGCCCGGAUGAGCUGAAGGCCAGCCUGGCUGCCAUGGGGAACAACAUGGACGAUAAGGUCAUCGACAACAUGAUCCAGGCCGCUGACCAGGACAGCGACGGGAGGGUCAACUACGGAGAGUUCAUCAAGGUCAUGUCAUGCUCGUAAGGUCACUGGUUACUAAGCAACGAUGGAGUCAAAGCACCCCAGCAGCGGGAGAGAUAUCUUAUUAAGCAUGCGUAACUUAGAGGAACAUGAAUGUGCUGAAAACGUAUGGAAUUAAUGGAAAGCAAGUGUUUUUGUGUGACGUCACGACCGCCAUAUUGGUUGAUUAAACCAUUAAGAGUUUUUCGUUGAAGAGGUUCAUCAGUCACGUAGAAUUAACAGUUAGUAGAAUAUUCCUCAAUCAGUGACUGUU